UUUUGAGUUAGCAGAUCUGGCGUUAGGGAGCUAGUACGGUUGCUUUGUUGACGCGACCGGCUGUCUUAGUGUACUUAGUUGCGGGACCAGUGGGUUAGCGUGAUUGCUUAGACUUCACGAUUCUUAUAGGAGGUUCCAGCUUCGCCGCUGUAUUAUUCAUUAGGACCGCUGAGAUAUAUUUUCCAGUCGUUGCGGUCAGAUUAGGUUUCGUCUUAGCAGCGUCCGAGGGUAGCAGGUGCAGUUUCAGAUCAAUCCAUCCGUGAUGUCUGUCUAUUUUUAAACCAUACCUCCAGUUUCCUUAGCCGUCACACCCCUUUUUUUUUAAUAUCCUGCCAUAAUGAGGAAGGCGGAGGAGUCAGGAGCGACGGCGUGCCAGAUCAACUCGGACGGCACAUUGCCCGGAUCUCGCAGCGACAAGGUGCAGCUGCGCGGCAACGAGAGCAUAGACGACCCCAAGGAGGCCGGCCAGGAGUCGGUCGUCGUAGAGCGCAAGGGCGACCACGCGGCGAUUUGCAAAUGGACCAUCGCGCAGUUCGGCAAGGUCAAGGCUCGAGCACUCUGGAGCAAGUAUUUCGAAGUAGGCGGGUUUGACUGCCGACUGUUGGUGUACCCGAAAGGCGAUUCGCAGGCUCUUCCCGGGUAUAUAUCCAUAUACCUCCAGCUGACGGAUCCCCGGGGAACGGCUAGUAGCAAGUGGGACUGCUUCGCGAGUUAUCGCCUGUGCGUGGUUAACGUUAAGGACGACAGUAAGACGGUGCAGCGGGAUUCGUGGCAUCGGUUUUCCGGGAAGAAAAAGUCGCACGGGUGGUGCGACUUCACGCCGUCGUCGGUCGUGUUGGACUCCCGCGCUGGGUUUCUCACGAACGACGCGGUGCUGAUCACGGCGGAGAUCCUUAUCCUUAACGAGUCCGUGUCGUUUUCGCGCGAUAACGAGGUGCUCGCGUCGUCGAUUACUCCCGCUACCGGGGAGGUUGUUAGCGGAAAAUUCUCGUGGAAAGUGCACAACUUCUCGCUGUUUAAGGAGAUGAUUAAGACUCAGAAGAUCAUGAGCCCCGUGUUUCCCGCCGGCGACUGCAACCUCCGCCUGAGCGUCUACCAGUCGUCCGUCAACAACGUCGAUUACCUCUCCAUGUGCCUGGAGAGUAAGGACGUUGAUAAGUCGUCCGGGCCGGAGCGCAGCUGCUGGUGCCUGUUCCGCAUGUCGGUGCUGAACCAACGGCCAGGAUCGAACCACGUGCACCGGGACUCGUACGGGCGAUUCGCGGCGGACAACAAGAGCGGCGACAACACGAGCCUCGGGUGGAACGACUACAUGCGCAUGGCGGACUUCGUAUCCGCAACCGCCGGGUACCUCGUCGACGACACGGCCGUGUUCAGCGCGUCGUUCCACGUCAUCAAAGAGUCGAGCACGUUCUCGAAAAACCCGUCGCUGCCGGGGGGGAGGGGGAGCAACGUGAAGAAGGGCGACGGGUACUUCGGGAAGUUCGUGUGGCGGAUCGAUAACUUCACGCGGCUCAAGGACCUGCUGAAGAAGCGCAAGAUCACGGGGCUCUGCAUCAAGAGCAAGCGCUUCCAGGUCGGCGGUCGGGACUGCCGCCUCAUCGUCUACCCGCGAGGUCAGUCGCAGCCGCCAUGCCACCUGUCGAUGUUCCUCGAGGUGACGGACUCGCGUGUGCCGUCGGCGGACUGGAGCUGCUUCGUCAGCCACCGCCUGUCGGUGGUCAACCAGCGCCAGGAGGACCGGUGCGUUGCCAAGGAGUCGCAGAAUCGCUACAGCAAGGCCGCGAAAGACUGGGGCUGGCGCGAGUUCGUGACGCUGACCUCGCUCUUUGACCUAGACUCGGGGUUCCUUGUAUCGGAUACGGUGGUGUUCUCCGCGGAGGUGCUUAUACUGAAGGAGUCGUCGUUCCUGUUCGAGUACACGGACGAGGGCGCGGCGUCCCCCGCGGGGCUGGUGGCCAUAGGGGGCGCGGGCACGGCGCAGCUGAUCGCGGGGGGCGCGCUGGAUGUGACGGGCGCGAACAAGAUCGCCAAGCGGGGCGUUUUCACGUGGAAGGUGGAGAAUUUUCUGGCGUUCAAGGAGAUCAUGGAGACGCGGAAGAUCUUCAGCAAGUUCUUCUCGGCGGGCGGCUGCGACCUCCGCAUUGGCGUAUACGAGUCGUUUGACACGCUCUGCAUCUAUCUGGAGAGCGACCAGGCCAUGGCAGGAGCAGGCCCGUCGUCCACAGCCACCACCAUGGCGGCGCCGGACAUGGACAAGAACUUCUGGGUGCGGUACAAGAUUGGCAUCGUGAACCAGAAGGCGGCGGAGGCGAGCGUGUGGAAGGAAGCGAGCGUGUGCACGCGCACGUGGAACAACAGCGUGCUGCAGCUAAUGAAGGUCGCCGAGCUGCUGGACCCGGAAGGGGGGUUUCUGGUGCGGGAUACCGUGGUGUUUGUGUGCGAUAUCCUGGACUGCUGCCCAUGGUUCGAGUUCUCGGAUCUCGAGGGCGUACCUGGCCAGGUGAUGAUGUCGGACGAGGAGGAGGAGGACGAGGAGGAGGAGGAGGAGGAGGACGAGGAGGAUGGGGAUGGGCUCAGCACGGACGGGGAGGAGCUGCUCGACAGCGACGACGGCGAACCAGGGCCGGGGGGACCCAUGCCCGCCUCAUCCCUCGCUCCGCCUGCCUCCUCUGCUGCUGGCUCUGCUGCUGCCGCCGCUGCUGCUGCUGGUAGUGGUGGUGGUGGUGGUGGUGCUGCUGCUGCUGCUGCCACGUCCAGUGUGGUGUCGGGAGGUGCUGCGGGAGGGGUUGCAGGAGGGGCUGCUUCAGCGGCAGGGGUGAUGGGCGACGAGGAGGACAUCUUCCGCUCGCUGCUCGUGCGCGCGGGCUUCCACCUGAGCUACGGGGACAACUCGCCGCUGCUGCUCGACCCCACUCAGUUGCAGGUCACCCUGCGCGAGAAGCUCCUAAUGGACGCGGGCGCAGUGGCGACGUUCCUGGGCGGGCUGCGCACCUACCUGGACGACCCCACCAAGAUCAAGCGCCUCUUCCUCCCGCCCGCGCAGCCCGCCUCCGCCUCCGCCUCCGCCUCCACUUCCACCCCCGCCUCUGGCGCAGGGGGAAGGGGCGGGUACGGCAAGGGGGGGCGGGGCGGGCAGCAGCGGGGGCAGAACCAGGGGAGGGGGGGGCAGGAGCAGGGGGGUGCGGGGGGACAGGGGCAGGGGCAGGGACAGGUGGGGCAGGGGCAAGGGCAGGGGCAGGGGGAGGGGGAGCAUCCGUCGCUGGUGAAUCUGCUGAUGGGGGUGAAGGUGCUCCAGCAGGCGAUAGUGGACCUGCUGUUGGAUAUCAUGGUGGAGUGCUGCCAGCAGCGCAGCCCCAACCAGGGCGACGGCGAGGCGGCACGCCUGUUCAGCACAGACGACAGCACAGCCUCUCUCCCCACCCUUCCAGUCCCUCUCCCGUCCGCCUCCACCCCUCCCCUAGCGCCUUCCGCCUGCACGCCUCCGCCUUCCCUCCCCGCAUCCGCCCCCACUUCCGCCCCCGCCCCCCGCGAGGGGAAGAGAGGGGGAGGCGGGGGCGCAGGUGGCGGGUCAGGGGGACGGAGAGACCCCUCGGAUUCCGCCUUUCAGGAGCUGUCUGUGGCGCAGAGGCUAGAGCAGGGGCACGGGGGGGCGGGGGGGUCCGACGCGGCUGUGCAGAGCAGCAGCUAUGGCAGCGGGGUGAAUGCAGUGGCGGAUGGGGAGAGCAGCAGUAGUGGGUCUGUGGUGACCAGUGCGAAUGGUGAGAGCUCAGAGCAACAGCAGCAGCAGCAGCAGCAGCAGCAGCAGCAGCAGCAGCAGAGGGGUCAGCGGCAGCUUCCCACAUCUAUCAAGUGGCCGGAGCAAGCAGACGAGCUGCUGGGCAUCAUAGUGGACUCCCUGCGCGCCCUCGAAACUGCUGUGCCCCAAGCACAAGCGUACCCCUACCCAGACCCCCCCCUGCGGCGCCGCCCGCACUCAGCGCGCAAGGUGGCGCUGGUGCUGGAGCACGCGCCGCGGGCCUUCCAAGCCGAGAUCCUAGGCUUGGUGCCGAGGCUGGUGGACCUGGCAGAGCACGGGGAGGCGGCUGCGGCGCUGCUGCAGCGGCUCCGGCAGCCAGGAGCCGAGCCUAUGAUGCAGCUGCCGGUGGUGGGCGCGCUGGUGCAGAUGGAGCUGGAUCCGCUCACCUGGUCGCACGUCUUGGAGGAAGCCGUGCUACUGCUGCCGCACACCACCGACGACGCCCUCGCCGCUGCUCUCAGCUUCGUGCUCAAAGCAGCAGCCGAGUGCCAGCAGCUCGCCCCUGCGGUGCGGGCAGUGCGCGAGAGACUGCAGCAGCUGGGUCCAGCCGUCUCCCCCCGCGUGCUGCACGCGCUACGUGCCUCCGUGGUGGCUCGCGAGGACAUUGCAAUGGCCAUGCUGCGAGACAUCGACGCCGACACGCGCCCCUUCAACCCGCACCUGCUCUCCUCCGCUAUGGCAGCAGCCGCCGCCUCGCUGCCCUCGCUCCUCCCCAUGGCGCAGAUGGCGUCCAUGGGGCAGAUUGACCUCUCGCACCUUCAGCACUCUCUCACCCCUGAAGCUCUAGAAAGUCUCGCUGCGUUUGCUUCUGCUUCUGCGAAUAACACCGCUGCGGCGGCGGCGGCGGCAGCGGCGGUGGCGGCGGCAGCAGGGGGGGGUGGUAGUAACGGCGGGAUGGUCUCGAGCGUUGCUGCUACUGCGGCUGCAGCAGCGAAUGCGGGGGGGUCUCCCACGAAUUCCAUCACCAGCAGCAGCAGCAGCGCCAGCGCGAGCACCCUCGCUGCCUUCUCCCCCUACGCCUCCUCUCCUGCCCCUGCCCUCCCCUCCUCCUCCCCAGCAGCGGCAGCAGCAGCAGCGGAGCUCCAGCUGGCAGCAGCGCAGCAGGCCGCGGUGAUGGCAGCAGCAGCCGCCGCCUGCUGGCGCGUUGCUGACGUGGACAUGCUGAUGGAGAUGCUCACGCUGCCACGUCUGUGCGCCAACGCGCAGGCGGUGUUUGAGCGGGCGGUGGCGCGGGGGGCGUUUGGAGAGCAGGCGAUGGUUAUGGUGCUGGAGAGAAGGAGGUCCCAGCACCUGGCUGCGCUGUCGGCUGCGUCGGCGGGAGCUGGGAUGGAUGGGAUGGAUGGGAGUGCGGUUGGGAGUGGUGCUGCUGGCAUGCCGGCCUUGACCGGUGGGGCAGCGUCCGCUGGGGGUGAGCUUAGGGGUGAUGACCAGCAGCAGCAGCAGCAGCAGCAGCAGCAGCAGCAGCAGCCGCAGGCUCAGACGCAGAUGCUGGGUCAGGGGCCUGGGUCGCAGCAGCAGCAGCAGAGGCAGCAGCAGCAGGGGAAGCAGCAGCCGCAGCAGCCGCUUUCCAGAAAGAAGAGGCGACAGCAGCAGCAGCAACAGCAGCAACAGCAGCAGCAGCUGGAGCAGCAGCAGGCGCAUGAAAGGUGCCUCGAGCCCUGCAGUUCCUCUUGCACCACUGGCGGCGCAGCAGCCGCAGCAGCAGCAGCAGCAGGCAUCUCCCCUUCCACCUCCCCAGACCCCUCGUCCAACGCCCUGAUCCCCUCCGGGUCCUCAGCACAAGCCACAGGGUUGGAGGACUCCGAUUUCCCCACUGUGAUAGGCCUGGCAGAAGCUUUGGCGUUGUCUGAGGAGCAGAGAGUGAGGGAGUUUGUGGGCACGCUGUACGCGGUGCUGUACAAGGUGUAUGGGGACGCGAGCCGGCGGGAGAGGAUCCUGAGGGGGCUUGUGGCGCGGGUCACCAGCUGCCAGAGAGGCGCGCCUGAGGGGGAGCUUGGCCUCGACAUCCUCUCGUUCCUGGCGCAGGAGGAGGGUGUUGCUCGCCCUGUGCUGUCCCUCAUGCGUGAGGCUGCUGACGUGGCGGUGCAGGAGCGGGCGGUGGUGUGGCAGCAGCUGCAGGCGACGGAGGGCGAGCUGCGGGCGGCGCGGGCGGAGGGGCAGGGGCAGGUGGAGCGGCACGGGCGGGAGAAGGCCGGCCUGCAGCAGAAGCUGAGCGACGCAGAGGCGUCCGUGGGCAAGCUCAAGGCUGAGCUGAAGGCCGAAGCUGAUAAGGCGGCCAAGGAGCGGAGGGAGGCGGUGGAGCGGGUGCGGGAGAUGGAGGGGGCGGUGGAGUGGGCCAAGGCGGAGAAGGACGAGGCGGUGAGCAAGCUGGCGGGGGAGAAGCGGCAGCUGGCGGAGCGGCUGAGAGAGAGCGAGGCGCAGCUGACGCAGCUCAAGUCGAGGAAGCGGGAAGAGCUCAAGAAAGUGGUGAAGGAGAAGAACGCCCUGGCAGAGCGCCUCAAGAGCGCGGAGCAAGCGAGGAAGCGCUUCGACGAGGAGGUCAAGCGUUUUGCCACGGAAACCGUGUCUCGCGACGAGGCUCGGCAGUCCCUGGAGGAGGAGGUUCGGCGGCUGACACAGACGGUGGGGCAGACGGAGGGGGGGCUGCGGGAGAAGGAGGAGCAGGUCCAGCGGUACGAGGCGUACAUUGACGGCAUGGAGGCUAAGUUACACGCGCACCAGGACUAUAUCCAGACCCUAGAAGCGUCGCUCCAGGAGGAGAUGUCCCGCCACGCCCCGCUGUACGGCGCUGGGUUGGAGAAUCUGUCGCUUGCCGAGCUUGACACUCUGGCUCGGAUCCAUGACGAGGGGCUCAGGCAGGUUCGGCUGCUGCAGCAGCAGCGGCAGCAGCAGGGCCAGCAGCCCCAGCAGCAGCAACAGGCAGUGGCGCAGCCGCAGCAGCAGCCGCCGCAACAGCAACAGCAGCAGCAGCAGCAGCAGCAGCAGCAGCAGGUGCACGCGCAGGCGCACAUGCAGCAUGCACAGCUGCAGCACCAGCAGCACCAGCAGCCAUCCCCGCCACCGCAACAGGCAGCAGCUGCUGCUCUUGCUGACAGCCUAGCUGUCGGCCCCUCAUUGGACCACGCCGGUGCUGCGGCCGGCUCUGCUGCUGCAGCCUCUGCCUCUCAGUCCCUCCUCGUUGCCCCCUCCAUGGGCGCUCUCUACCUGCCCAAUCGCCCCACCCCUACCCACCCCGGUGCAGUACCUGCUCUUCCCAUGCCUGCUGCCGGCUUGGCAGGGCAGGGUGUGGCGGGUGCUGCUGCUGGGGUGGCUUCAGGUAUGGGCCCAGGCAUGGGAGCAGCAGUUGGUGCUGCUGCUGCUGGAGUUGGCAUGGGCAUUCGGCCUGUUCAUCCUGCUAACGGGUUGCCGCCGCAUGCGCUGGGUCAUCCGUCCAGUGGUCUGAGUCAUCAUGCUGCGCUGGCAUCGCCUGCUCCUGGUAGCAGAGUGCCUGCAUCGGCCUCGGCCAAUAGCAGCUUGCCAGGUGGGGGCUUGCCGUCCACCAGUGGGCCGCAGUCAAAUGGCCCCCUGGGUCCGUGGUUUGCUUCGCACUAGGCUGUGUCCGUCCAGUUGUGGCUUCCAGUCUUGGAUUGGUUUUAUCUUGCAACAUGUGUGAAUCAGCUUGAGGUCAGGAGGAUGAGGGAUUUGCAAGGAUGCGUCGAAAGAAUCUUCUUUGUGGCUGAAAUAUGCUUGCAGCAAUCCUCUUGAAUUACUUGUGAUGGUGACGGGUUGAAAAUACGGUAAGCGGUUCGUCAGCAUGCUAUUUUCCUGACAAGACUAGUCGGGGUGUAACAGGGGUCAGAAGUGUAGUGGCAAGCUUUUCGCGCAUCGCGAAACACUGUUUCGUUCGCGGGCUCGUCGUCGGGCUCCUCCCUCCACCACGCCUUUACAAUCCAUUAUUGUCGUUUCUUCCCACGAGGAGACUGAUUGUUGUUGCUGCUGCGUGUUGUCCCCGAUAUGAUCCGAUCCGCCUUGAGGGUACAUCAGGCCGUAGACUAACAUCGUGACCAAAACCAAUCAGCCGCAGUCCCGCCAUAACUCAGCGUACAGAAGUGCCAUGCGCUGUUUCCGCCUGCCAGUGAAGAGCAUCUGAGCCAACCCUAGCCAUUCUACAGCAUCCCCAACCAAAUUCCUUACGUUCAGGCCCUCAGCUAGGGAUUCAGAUAGUGUCGGGUAUCAUUCUUCUCUCCCAGUUUAGCUUGAUUCGGUGUCAUCUGUUGUUGUGCGAUUCUCAAAGCCAUCAGUCAGCCGUGCUCCUGAGGGAACAUUCUGCCUGGUCUUCUUAGUGUCAGCAUUGACGCAUAGCCUGAAGCCAUGGACCUCGUACAAAAUAACGCUGUCCAUGCACAAGCCUCUCAGCGGUCUGAGAGGGAUUUUGAGCAGUUAGGCGUGCCGACGCAGGCUGUUAGAGACGAAUUUGGCUCGACCGUCACGGACGAUAGAGCAGAAGAGGGAGCUCAUUGCGGCCAUCACGACGAGCUUUCUGCUGAAGAGUGGAGCAAAAGGCGAGAGCAGCUCAAGCAAUGUCUGAUUAUGCUUCGGAAAUCGAUACCUACGUCACUGGUUGGUCCGGAACCUGACGUGGCGGAGCUUCUAGAAAGCGCUGCUGCAUACAUCAACUACUUGAAGACAUAUAACCAGACCUUGGCUGUUGCGGUCGCUCAGCAGCUAUAAAGUUUUAGCUCUUGCUCUUUAGGGCGUGUCGUGAGUUGCGAUUUCGAACAAGUUUUCGCACUGGAGCUGACUGUAUCGCACAGAGCCCCGAUUUUACCAUGCCAGGCCAAGCAGCGCUGGGGAAUUUUUGGUACGGUAUGUAGGACACGCCCUUAGGGGGUUGUAUAUUUAGAGAUUUCUAGCUUUUCAUUCUCCGCUGUCUUUCGUCAGCCUUCGCAGUUGUUAUUACGCUACAAGCUGUUGCAGCAACAGAUGCGAACAAUGCUAAGAACACACCGUCA